CCGACGUUGAAGGGCCGUCGCGUGGCAGCGUAUUUACAAACAGGGACUUUAUCGCCAUCGAGACUUGCUGCCCGCCGUCGUUGUGCGAAAUCCAUUUUUUUUUCGCCCCUCGAAUCAGAGGCGUGUGCCGUUUUCGAUUAAAAAAAAAAAAACGUUGAUCCCGAGAACUCUCCCCCAUCAUGCCGCCUCCACCUCAUAUCAAGCCUGAAAAUGUCCUGAAGAGGGCUCAGGAACUUAUCGCCGUGGGCCAGGCUCCCGCCGCCCUGAAUGUCCUUCACGAACAUGUCACCUCCAAGAGGACGCGCAGUACCCCCAUCGUCUCGCUGGAACCGGUUAUGCUACUUUUCGUCGAGCUGUGUGUGGAUCUUCGCAAGGGGAAGGCCGCCAAGGAUGGAUUGUAUCAGUAUAAGAACAUCGCCCAGAACACAAAUGUGGCAACGAUCGAGGUCGUCCUGAAGAAGUUCAUUGAACUCGCCGAAAAGAAGGUGACCGAGGCUCAAGCCAAGGCCGACGAGAUCCAGUCUUCCUUGGAAUCCGCCGCUCCCUCGACCAAUGUGGACGACUUGGAGGCAAUCGAAACCCCCGAGACCAUCCUUCUCGCUACUGUUUCCGGUGAGCAGUCCCGCGAUCGUACCGACCGCGCUGUCGUGACCCCAUGGCUCAAGUUCCUCUGGGAGACCUACCGGACCGUUCUGGAGAUCCUGAAGAACAACGCUCGUCUCGAGGUGAUGUACCAGACGACCGCCCUCCAGGCCUUCCAGUUCUGCUUGAAGUACACCCGCAAGACGGAAUUCCGCAGGCUCUGUGAGCUCCUCCGGAACCAUGUGCAGAACGCUGCCAAGUACUCCACUCAGAUGCACGCAAUCAACCUCAGCGAUGCGGACACUCUCCAGCGCCAUCUGGACACCCGUUUCCAGCAGCUGAAUGUGGCCGUUGAGUUGGAACUUUGGCAGGAGGCCUUCCGCAGCAUUGAGGAUAUCCACACUCUUCUGAGCCUCAGCAAGCGCCCGGCCAAGAACGUCAUGAUGGCCAACUACUACGAGAAGCUGGCUCGCAUUUUCCUGGUCAGCGAGAACUACCUUUUCCACGCCGCCGCCUGGAGCCGCUACUACAACCUCCUCCGCCAGUCCGCCGCCACCCUCGCUAGCGGCCAGGGCACCAAAAAGGACAAUCCUUCCGUUACCGAGGCCGACAUGACCAAGGCUGCCUCCUUCGUCCUCCUGUCUGCUCUUGCCAUCCCCGUCAUCAGCACCUCUCGUUCCCGUGGUGCUUUGGUUGAUGUGGAUGAGGUCCGCAAGAACAAGAACACUCGUCUCACCAACCUCCUGGGCAUGAACCAGCCUCCCACUCGUGCCGUUCUCUUCAAGGAUGCGCUGAACAAGGGUCUGCUGAAACGUGCCCGGCCCGAGAUUCGUGACCUUUUCAACAUCCUGGAGGUCGACUUCCACCCCCUUUCCAUUUGCAAGAAGAUCACCCCUAUCCUCAAGCAGAUCGGCGCUGAUCCCGAGAUGGAGAAGUACGUCGUGCCUUUGCAGCAGGUCAUCCUGACCCGUCUCUUCCAGCAGCUGUCUCAGGUCUAUGAGUCGGUCGAGCUGAAAUUCGUGUACGAGCUGGCCCAGUUCCCCGACCCCUUCCAGGUCACCCCUGCUAUGAUCGAGAAGUUCAUCAUGAACGGCUGCAAGAAGGGUGAUCUUGCUAUUCGUGUGGACCACACCUCGGGCGUCCUUACCUUCGAUACCGAUGUGUUCUCUUCUGCCAAGGCCCUCCACGCCGGCAGUGCUGCUGGAUCUGCGGAGAGCGAGAUCGGCUCGGUGCAGCGCCUGCAGAACACCCCCGCUGAAAUCGCUCGCCUGCAGCUCACCCGUCUGGCUAAGACCUUACAUGUUUCGUGCAUGUACGUUGACCCCUCGUACAACGAGGCUCGCCUGCAGGCCAAGCAGGCGGCUCAAGCUCGCGCCGCGGCCGGUGCUGCCAAGGAGCACGAGGACACUCUGGCCCGCCGUGUCAUCAUCGACAAGAAGAAGGAGGCCGCCACUGACGCUCUGCAGCGCAAGCAGAGGGAGGAGGAGAAUCGCAAGCGCAUCCGUACUCAGCAGCUCCAGGAGGCUGAGAAGCAGCGUCUGCUGGAUGAGCAACGCGAGCGCGAGAAGAAGCGCAUUCAGGAUGAGCAGAACCGCAUCCGCGAGCAGGAACUGAAGAAACAGAUUGAGGAGUUGAAGAGCGGAGUGAAGGGCAUUGACCUCAGCGAGGUGGAUCUGAAGGACCUCGAUGCUAACCGUCUCCGGGCGAUGAAGCUUGCUCAGCUUGAGAAGGAGAAGAACGACCUCAACGACCGUAUUCGCACCACUGGCAAGCGUAUCGACCAUCUGGAGCGUGCUUUCCGUCGCGAAGAGUUGAAGCACAUCCCUGCCGACUAUGAGGCACAGAAGAAGCACGAUAUGGAGAUCUACGAGGCUACCAAGGCUGAGACCCUGAAGGAGGCCGAAGAUAAGCACAAGGAGGCAGUUGCUCUCAAGCAUCGUCUCAGCCGUCUGGUGCCUCAUUUCAACAGUUUCCGCAAGGAUGUAUCCGAGAAGCGUCAUGAGGAAUUCGAAAGGCGCCGCAAGGCUGCCGAGAGAGAUUUCGAGGCUAAGAAGAAGCAGCGUAUCAAGGAGGUGCAAGACCGUAGGCGUCGUGAGAAGGCUGAGCGGGAGGAAGCUGAGCGCCAGAGGAAGGAGGAAGAGGAACGUCUUCAGCGCGAGGAGGAGGAGCGACUUGCCAAGGAAGCAGAGCGCAGACGUGUUCUGGCCGAGGAGAAGGCCAAGCGCGAAGAGGAGAGACAGAAACUCGAUGAGAUUGCCCUUAGACAGAAGCAGCGCGAAGAGGAAGCCGAAGCCCGUCGUGCUGCAGGCCGGAGACCCGGUACAGAGCCCAGCCGUGCCGAGCCUGAACGUACUGCUCCUCGUCUUAACCUGGCUCCUCGUACCAGUGGUGCUCCUAGCUGGAGAGACCGCCAGGCCGCUAAGGAGUCCAGCGGUGCUGCUCCUGAGCCCGCUAAGGAAGAGCCUCCCCGCAAGACCGGUGGUUACGUGCCUCCUCAUCUCCGCUCUGGCGCUGCAGCUUCCCCCGCUGCUCCUCCCGCUUCUAACGGCGCUGCACCAUCCCGCUAUGUCCCUCCUUCUGCUCGCGACUCUGGUUCCUCCACUCCCCCCUCCCGUACGCAAGCCCCCGCUACUACUACUUCUGAGGAGCCUAAGAGCAGUGGAAAGUGGGUGCCUCGGUGGAAGCAGCAAGGCCAGUAAAUAAUUCACGUUGUUUGAAAAGUUUCUUGGAAUGUUGAAAGGGUGUGUUGCUUUUACAUUUCUUCCUCCUAUAUCUCUCUUACCCUCAUAUUGGCAUUGUCUUCUACGGUAUCCACUUCUUAUAUUGUUUCUAUGAUGAUCGCUGAGGCUCCAGGGACAUCUUUAAUUUGGUCCCCUAAAUAGUCUCCAUGCUCGCCAAAUGCAUUAUGUUCCAUAAAAAUGAAGGUCCCUCUUCCCCCACUUCUGAUAUCCGACAACUAUUUGGAUGGAUACUGUAGCAGCUAUGAGUCUCCUUCUUUCACCGUAUAUGAUUAUUCAUUUUCCGUUCUCUCUUUUUUGAAGUCUUUGUUCCAUGGAUAAUGGUGGCGUACUUCGUAUGAUGUCUCUGGACGGAUUUCACUUGAGCCUAUUACGUGCCUUCUUUUAUAGAGUAUAGUCCUUCUGUGUUCGGGAAUCUUCAGGAGAGGUAUUCAUGUUCUACGUAGUCAAGCUAAGUACGGUGACAAUAGUGCCCUGGGAAAGAAAUGUACCCCCUGAUUGUUAAUAGUUGUGUAACUUCAUGGC